UCCGCGGGCCUCCCCACCCCCCCCGCGCGGUACAGCUGGGCCGGUGACGCGCGUACUGCUGCUGUUGCCUCUGCUACGGCCGCCGCGUUCCAUUCUCCUAAGCCGGCGACAUCCUCGUCCCCUGUCUCCCGCCUCCUCCUGCCGCAGCGCCGGCCAGCGCCAGCCAGACAAGGGCACACGGGGUCUCGCCUAGACCCAAGAGAGCUGCGGGGGCGCGCAGGCGGCGGAGUGGAUCCCGGCGCCGCGGAAGCUGCGAGCGUCCGCCUCCCGGAGGUCGCCGCGCCGUUCCCCGGGAUCUGAAGAAUAGGCCGGCCUGCUGUUGAGGCACCACAAACCAAGUCAUUGCACCUCGAGACAAGUCUGCUCUGACUCCCAGGCUGCUCUCUUUUCCUUAUUUAUGGUGGCCUGAAGACCUCCGUGAAGUGCAUCAAAGUGUUUCCUGUUGGCUUGGCAAAAGGAAGAGCCCCCGUUUCCAUCACCCCAUUUGUUUUGCACUUGAUCAGAUCUUAGGCUUCAUGGUGGAAUCGGUCCCUUGGCCCAGGUAAUGCAUACACAAAGUACAGCACUCAAGAAGAUGAAAAGGGAAUACAUACAGUGAAAAAUGAGCUUUCUUCCCUGUUAACCACUAGAUUCCCUCGCUGACAGCACUUGGUAGCUACCAGUUUCUUGUGCAUCAAUUCCAGAGAGAGACUUCCAGUGCAUACAGUUGAACUUGCUCUGAGUCCGGUGGCAAAGGCAAAGCCAGACUCUGGUGUAGCAGCUCUGAAUCAACAGCCAUCUCUCUCCUCCUCUUUGCUCGAGCCUCCAUGGCAGGCAGCAGGGCAGAGCCACAGCAGUUUCUGAAAGCUCUGCUGAGCCUGACAGAUCUCCAGGUGAAUCUACCCAGGGCUGACUUCAGUGUUCUUACUUCUGGCUUUUAAAUUUUUUCUUUUUAAAAUAACUUGGACGGAUGAAAGAUGUGCCAUGGCAGGAUAGCACCAAAGAGCACCUCAUUGUUUGCCGUGGCCUCCGCGGGACAUGGAGUGUUCCUUCUGCUGGCGAUUCUUAGCGCCCUCCUUGGAGACGGACUCGCCUCAGUGUGUUCCCUGCCCCCGGAGCCAGAGAAUGGUGGCUACAUCUGCCACCCCCGGCCCUGUAGAGACCCCCUGAACUCGGGCAGCGUCAUCGAGUACCUGUGUGCUGAAGGCUACAUGUUGAAGGGUGAUUACAAAUACCUGACGUGUAAGAAUGGCGAGUGGAAGCCAGCCAUGGAGAUCAGCUGCCAUCUCAACGAGGACAAAGGCGCCCACGCGUCGCUUGGGGUCCCCACGCUGUCCAUCGUGGCUUCCACUGCCAGCUCCGUGGCACUCAUUCUCCUCCUCGUGGUACUGUUUGUGCUGCUGCAGCCAAAGCUGAAGUCUUUCCAUCACAGCAGGCGUGACCAGGGGGUGUCCGGGGACCAGGUUUCCAUCAUGGUCGAUGGAGUCCAGGUUGCGCUGCCGUCGUAUGAGGAGGCUGUGUACGGCAGUUCCGGUCACUGUGUGCCGCCCGCUGACCCCAGAGUGCAGAUUGUGCUGUCAGAAGGGUCUGGGCCCAGUGGGAGGAGCGGGCCAAGGGAGCAGCAGCUGCAGGACCAGGGGGCCUGCUCCUCCGCAGGCGGAGAGGAGGAGGCCCCGGGCCAGUCUGGACUGUGUGAAGCCCGGGGCUCUCGGGGCUCGGAGACUGUGAUGGUGCAUCAGGCAGCCCCCUCUUCCUGGGUGGCCGGCUCAGGGAACAGCCGAGUGGCACACAAAGAAGCCCCCGAUUCAGAGAACAGUGACAUACAAAGCCUCACGUCGGAGGACUACACAGAUGAUAUCCCACUGUUGAAAGAAGCAUGAGGGCUGCCGCUGGCUUCUCUCCUCUCUGCCCUUCCUCCCUCUCCCUGUGGGUUUGAGCACCGCGUACUCCAGCUGCCCUGCCCGGAUACCUGA